UCACCAUGGAUGCAAAGAGCCAGGAUCUGCCAGUGACCUUUUCCAGGGCCCAUCUAGAACCCAGGUACUGGCUUGUCUCAUGUUCUCUGUUUGAUUUUGGUGGGGCUUUUUUCCCAAGAAGUUAAAAAUCUCUGCCAGAAGAAUGUUGAAAGCAUUACAUCAAACACUCAAAAGCUAAGAAACGUGAAAUUUGACAAGAAGCUUGGAACAAAGGUAACUCGUGCAAAUUGAAAACAGCCCUCCUCUGUCGAUGUGCACACAGCUGGGUGCUGCCUGUUUGUUUUUCACAGGACUGGUGCACUCAAUGGCACUCCAUAAACAAUGCAGCAGGAUUUAAUCCAGCAUCCUUGGGCACACCACCAAGGACAAAGGUGUUGAGGCACACAUCAGAGGUGGAGAUAAGAAGAUGAAUCUCAAGUUACAUGCCCUAUAAAUUGGACCAUUUAAUGAGCCUUUCUAAUUCACACUGGAGCUGCUAGGACUCUACCCUGGAGACUAAACCAGUCUGAUUUACCUUUAGCUUUAAAUGAUGCUGUCUGCGCAGCUGCACAAAAUCUUAGCAGUCGCUUUUUUCCUGCUCCCAUUCUGUGCUCAAGGCAAACCUGCAGGAUUUCUUCCAUCAUUCCCUUUCAAGCCUUUUUUUGGAGGCAGGAGCAACAGUGGAGAUGAGCAACAAAUACCAGAUCUCACAGCUCGGGCUGGCAAUGAACAUGGGGACCCCAUCCAUCAGUUGGAACAUCGGAUUUCCAGACUGGAAGGAGUCCUUCGCUUGAACAAGAUGAUAACAGAGUCAGGAGGAAAAAUUUUUGCUACCAAUGGAAAAAAAGCUGAUUUUGAUGCUACAGUGGAAAAAUGUAAAGAGGCUGGAGGCUCUAUUGCCACUCCAAAGAGCCCUGGAGAGAACGAUGCCAUUCUGUACUUUGUGAAAUAUUUUAACACCUACGCCUACCUGGGGAUAAAACAAUCCCUUAUUCCAGGAAGAUUCCAGCUCCUGAACGGUGCUCAGCUGAGCUAUACUAACUGGUAUUCAAACGAACCUUCUGGCAAAGGGGAGGAGGAGUGUGUGGAGAUGUACACUGAUGGCACCUGGAAUGACAAGAGGUGUAACAAGAAUCACCUUAUUGUCUGCCAGUUUUAGUGCUUCCCUUGCUGCUGUCUGGAAUAUGCUUCCCUAUCACUUGUGUCUUCCUUUGUAGCUAGUGAACUUAGAUAAAGCAGCAUGAAAAAAUAAAAUGCACUCUUUCCCA